AGGAUGGGGCAUCCUAAGCAGUAGAAAGUCUUGUUGUGGUGAUGUAGUUAUCUGCUACCUCUGGUCAAAGGCCCAAGGAACAUAUGUCGAGUACUGCUUGAGACUCAACCGUAGCCCUGUCACUCCUAACCUCACCCAAGGCUUUAUCGGGUUACACAAUUACUGUCUCGUUUUACAUCGUGGAUCCCUGUUCCCGUAAUGCAUAUGAUAGAUUGUCUCCGCCCAUCCCUUAAUCCCACACAUCUGCACUUUGUACGCUCGCAUCAUGCUGCCAGAGAGCAGAAGGAGCGAAGUGUUCCCAUGAAAAUACAUGCUCGUACACUCGAGACUAGUUUUCUAACGAAAGAGAAAUUGAUGAAAAGAGAACAUAACUCAAGGUACGUGAACCACGCAUUUGUCCGACGGGUUAGAGAGUGGAGCUUUGUUGAUGCCCAACUCAUACUGCGUCGAGCAUGAACUUCCCACGUAAUGCACAGAUAGUUCAUUGGUCGGUUGGACUCAUCCUAUGUGUUUGUUUAUCCUGCUGCCUUGUCUUGCGUCUUGCCUACUGGCUGGCUGAUCAGAUCAUUUGGGAGACGUGCAGCAUUGUUUGUUAUGCAUGGGAAUGUGGGUAGGGAAAUAGGUAUAUAUAUGAAAGAACGCUUCGCUGGUUCCGUGGAGCGCUCAACCUCCUUUCUUGCGGUCCUUCUCAUCUGGUUAUCCUACUCUUCAUUCAUACAUGUAUUGUACACUCCGAUCCCGUCUAUCGUAAUCCGCGCUCUGGCUUUCAUACUCAUCAUCGUGUGUCUUCUUCCAAGCCUAGUCGUUCAUAAUGCCGAAGUGGCCCUCUUUGGUUCCCCUUGGCCGUCGCCUGCCAUUGUUUUCUUCACCAGCUGGUUGAGAUACGUCUCCAUCGAGCAUAAUUUGUCCGCCGCAGCUAUGUUCGAUUUGAUAUCUCCGCCUUGAGCGACCAGCCUUUCGGUCGCCGUGGAAGGGCCUCGGGCGAGAUAAUCUCUUAGCAUCACGGGUCCUAACUUCUUCGAAGCAGAGGUCUGUGCCAUGUCGACUUUGUCUGACAUUGUUUCAGUAGCCCGGAUCGUAUGAUGACUUCUAGUUGAGAUUGCUUCGUUGUUUUUCGAGUGUUGCUGUUCUCUCUCAGAUUCACGCUCUUCAACUAUCAGAAUCCCAAACACACACACACACACACACACACACAUAUAUAUAUAUAUUCAUAUCCAUGU